AUGGCGGGCGACCUCGGCAGCUCGGCUGCAACAGCCACGGCGCGCCCCACGCGACCGGCCAUGGCCGGUCGCUCCAGCAGCAUGGCCCACGUUCACCACCACGCCAACGGAGUACCCGGAGGCAAGGCCAAAGACGGAGCUGGAGCGCUUGGUCGCCCUCCCACGCGCAGCUACAGCCACAGUCAGCGGCACAGCCAGCAGCCUUCCCGCCGCUCGCAUCAUCGGCGCAGCCACAGCCACAGCGAAGGCGAGCCGACCAAGCACAGGCAGCCCGGGUGCAAGCAGCUGACCGGUGAAACGAUGGGUGGAUUAGCCACCGCGAGCUGCCUCCUCCCGUGCGCGGUGGUGGACUUCGCCUUCCUCGCCACGGUACGCGCGCCGGUGGCGCUGUGCCGCCGCGCGGUGCGAGGUAGCCGGCUCAGGCGCUCGGCCUCGGUGGGAGAGGCAGAAAUGGCGAAGCUCCGCGAGGAGGCGGACAGCGUGCUCAAGUUCGGCAGGACGGCGUCGGCGUGGCCGGCAAUGGCCCCAGCGGAGGAGGAAAAGGAGCUGGAGAAUCAGGUGUGGGCGAGUUUCCGCGACGCAGGCUUCGGGAGGACCUCGAAGCAUCUCGACAACGAUAUCAGUUGAUUGGAAGAGACGCGGCGGCCCAGGUCGUGCGGGUAAUGAAAGUUGUUUUUUCUAACGUUACUCAGUCUGUACCGAUAAUGGAUCCACCACUCAUUGUAACGUCAAGAUUCAUUUCAACUUUAUAGGUAUGCAUUGAAAAA